CCGAGGGGCGGUGCUUGCUCCUGGGCCUCCGGGAGAGAGAAGGAGCCGGGGCUCCGAGCUCCGCUUGUGGAGAAGUAGGUUCACUGCGCCCUCGGCUCUGCCGGAAGCGCCACAGUUUGACUUACUGGUCCAUCGGUCCUCGAAGGGGCAGCCCUCUCCCUCCCGACCCUCUCCGCCUCCCUUCUGCCCCUUCAUUCGAAGGCCGAAGCCCGCAGCCUGGGCGGGGCGGCGCAGCCGGAGCUCCUGGACCCGGAAGAAGCGCCAUCUCCCGCCUCCGCCAUGGAGCCCACCGCGCCGUCCCUCACCGAGGAGGACCUGACUGAAGUGAAGAAGGACGCUUUAGAAAAUUUGCGUGUAUACCUGUGUGAAAAAAUCAUAGCUGAGAGACAUUUUGAUCAUCUACGAGCAAAAAAAAUACUCAGUAGAGAAGACACUGAAGAAAUUUCUUGCCGAACGUCAAGUAGAAAAAGGGCUGGAAAACUGUUAGACUACUUACAAGAAAACCCCAAAGGACUGGAUACCCUGGUCGAAUCUAUUCGACGAGAAAAAACACAGAACUUCCUAAUACAGAAGAUUACAGAUGAAGUGCUGAAACUUAGGAAUAUAAAACUAGAGCAUCUGAAAGGACUGAAAUGUAGCAGCUGUGAGCCUUUUCCUGAUGGAGCCACAAAUAACCUCUCUAGAUCAAAUUCGGAUGAGAGUAAUUUCUCUGAGAAACUGAGAGCAUCCACCAUCAUGUAUCACCCAGAAGGAGAAUCCAGCACGGCCCCCUUUUUUUCUACCGAUUCUUCUCUGAAUUUGCCUGUUCUAGAAGUAGGCAGAACUGAAAAUCCCACCUUCUCUUCAACUACACUUCCAAGACCUGGGGACCCUGGGGCUCCUCCUUUGCCUCCAGAGCUGCAGUUAGAAGAAGAAGGAAACUCUAGUGAGAUGUUUCUUCCCUUACGAUCACGCGCUGUUUUGCGGCAAUGACAGUUUACUGCCUUUUACUUUUUUUUAAUGAUGACAAAAAAUAUUGGAAAGGAUAUGAAUCAUAAAAUUGCUACCAUGACUUACUAAUAUUGAUACAUGUUUUAUAAAAUGCAACAUAAACAUACUUUGUAAAUAGAAUUUUCUAGAAUAAAAGCAUAUUUUUAGAGAGCUAAAGUAAGUGUUGAUCAUAUUCAGUGUUGAUCAUGUACUUUUCAGUAUUUUCAAAUUUCAGAAAUUUGAGAUUUAGUGUUUUCACUCUCAUCAUGUGUUAAGAGUAACUUUAAUAGGCAACAUUUCUCUAUUUGAGAAUACAGUGUUAGACUGUGAAUAAUAUUUCUUCCUUGUGAGUUUGUGCUAAUAAGUUUCACAGUCUUAAUAGUCCUUUCCAAUCAUUCAGCAGUAAAUUUUCAGAAUUAAGCUGUUCCCAUUCGGUAAUAAAGCCUAUCACUACUGGGAAAACUGCCAGCAGACAGAAAAAAAGUCUUUUCCCCACUUAGCUGGCUUUCAGACACUUACAAAGUCCCCUUUUGAUUCAGAUGGAUAUCUAAUGGAGUUUGAGCCAGCUAAGGUAUCAAUUUGCCAAAAUACAUGUCUUACUAAUUUUACUAAUAAAUACUACUUCCUUAAAAUUGUGACAUUCUUUGCUUUAUCAUUUUUAUUCCUAAAGAAAAAUCUUGGCAUAAACUUCAGUUAUUACAUAUAAUUUGAUGAGAUUUUUAAAAACACUUUUUUCUGUAUUUUUUGUUCCCUUUUAAUGAGGACCACUGUACAAUUGAAAUAAUUGGGACAAAAUGGUUUUUGUGUGUGUAUAUUACAUUCUAUUUUUAAUACUAUUUGGAACAAGCAGAUCAUUUGUUCUAUGACAAAGUAUGACUUAUUUUACAAAUUUAUAAAUCUUCUGCUUUCAUUGUUUUCAUUAAAUUAUAAUUAUCUAUUUCCAAAUACCUGUCUCCUAUAUAUUUCCAUUACUUGCAAAAAGCAGAGAUGGAAAUAUACUAUUGAAAAUAAACAUUUUUAAGUUGUAGUGCUGUGUUUUGGAAGUAUCAAUUUUUUCAGUAGGAAAUACCUAGAACUAUUUUUAUAUGUACCAAUAUUUAUAGGAGGUAUUACUUCAAGUUGUGAGAUGAAGUUCAUUUCUGGAUGGACUGAUGAAAUUAUCAAUCAUGAAGAAGACUGGCGUAUUGGCUUUUAAAGUUUUUUAAAGACUGGGUGAUUUUUAUAGUAUAAACAUUUUCCAAGGAUUUUGGAGAAGCAUGUUUCACCUCCAGGAUAGCAUAAUAAGAUAUUGGCAGUUGAAAAAAAAAAUAGUGACAUUAUGUUUAAAGAAAUCUUUUUCAAAAGCAGAAGCAGGCUUUUCAUUUAUUAAAAUAAAAUUUGAUAUGCAGUUACUUUUUUUUAAGAUUUACUUGGAAUCAAAGAUCUUAAUUUAGAUAUGCUAUAGCACCUAUAUUUAUAUUAAUACUUUUCUUUCAGACUGUUGACUAACUAUGUAGGCAAUAAAAUUAAGGUUUUGGGGUUUUCAAAUUUAGGCUUUUGGGUUUUCUGAAUCCUAUGAAGUCAGUUUUUUUCCUUUAAACACUGAAAACCAGCCAUUGCCAAAAAUGUGUAAAUUUGAAUGGUAGUCUGACAUGAGUGCAACUGGUUAUUGGGUUGAUUAAUGCAGCAGUGAAAAAAUUCACAGAUACAUUAUCACUUAAUAUUAAAAAACAUACCUUUGA